AUGAGUGAGGCAAGAGAAAUUUACCCUCUUCCCAGAGAUGAGGACGAGUCGCACCGACUGGAUGAACAGCACCAUUUUAUAACCGAAGUCAGCAAAGGCCCUAUUGUCAAAUCAAUACCGCGGACCGAGCUAUUCGCUUUUGCAGACGUCGGCACUGGAACGGGAAUUUGGCUCAAGGAGAUUAUUGAGUUGAUGAGAUACAUGCCAGCAGCUUUUCCACGGUACUACCGCGGUCUUGAUAUAUCAGAAGCACAAUUUCCCUCUACCUCAGAGGAUAUUGAUUUCGCAGUUCAAGAUAUUACGAAACCGCCUCUGCUACAGGAUCGGAAUCGCUAUGACUUAGUUCAUGUACGAAUGCUUGUCGGGGCUAUCAAGGAGUCGGACUUUGGGACAGUCCUUGCAAAUCUUAUGGCCCUCUUGAAACCUGGAGGCUAUCUUCAAUGGGUCGAGUUCGAUAUACUCUCCUUACUUGAAGGCAAUGGGGCUGAGUAUCCGAAGUUCAAAGAGUUGUUACAACCCUACUACAACUUUGCAACGGCCAAUGGGUUGAGUUUGUGUGCAUCCGAAGCGGUCUACACAGAGUGUAAAGAAGCGGGCCUGAUCAAAAUCGCAAGAUAUCGUCCUACGAUAGUUGACCGCCCCGAUUUAGAGACGAGGUUCCGAUACUGGUUACUUACGUCUUUCAACACUAUUAUGCCUCGAAUUUUCCUCCGUACAGGCAGAGCGGCUAGCGAGGAUGCUGCUAAGCAAUUGUCAUCUCGCUGGCUAAGUGACCUAGAGGGAUUAUUCGCUGAUGGACUCAAGCCAGGCACAACAUUCGGCACAGUUGUUGCUCAAAAACCAAAGGAUUCUUGA